UAAGCGCCUUCGAUACAAGCACGCACCAGCAGCGCACAUUGACAGAUGCAUAUACAGUCACGCAGUGGGAGGGGCGCCAGGUGGCGCUUCGGGAUCGGAGCAGUGGCUGCGGGGGUUGUAAGAGCAGGGCUGGGGCAGCAGCAGCCACAAUCUAUCGAUCAGCCGAGAGUGGGUUGGACGGCAGGCAAUCAGCCGAGAGUCUAUCAGACGGCAGGCAAUCAGCCAAGAGUGGAGCACGUUCCGCGGGGGCUGAGUGCGUUUGGCGACACGGAGAGUGUGCGGGACUUGGAGAGUGGGCGCGUGUCGGACGAUUCUCUCAAGGACGACCUCCUGAAACUGGCUGAAGCUGUUGCUACCGGUGAUCAGCCGCGGAUGGUUGCCCUCACCAGGCGCCUGCGCCCCUGUCAUCACCCUACGGCACGCCAAUGCAGCGCAUAGUGCACUACUUGCUCACUGCCCUAGCUAAGAGGGCCGCUGGGGCACUGGGCACAGACUACAUUGCCUACCUGAGCCGGGCACCUGAGGAGGAGGCACUGAUCCUGGCCUUCGCAGCCCACUGCCCCACUCUCCAGUUCUGCUACUCCGCCCUGGCCUGUGCCAUGCUGGAUGCAGCAGAGAACGAGCCCAACAUCCACAUUGUUGACUUUGCCAUGUGGGCGGGCCAGUGGCCAGUUGUCAUCCGCCAGCUGGCAGCAGCUGCCCGGAAAAGAAUGGCUGCGGCCGGCGUUACCAGCAACAUUGGUGCUACCACCACUGGUGGUAACCCUAGCAGUAACGUGAGGAGUAACACUAGUGGUGGUGCUGCUGCUGGCGGUAGCAACAGUCACCGAGCGGGGAGCAGCACCAGCAGCCAUGCCCGGCAAUCACCAUCCGCCUUCUCCUCUCCCUCCCAACCCGCCUCCUCCUCACCCUCCCCCACUCCCCUUCAAGGUUCCUCACCCUGCUCCUCCUCCUCUCCCAUCCCUCCCUCCUUCCUCCGAAUUCGUUUCACCGCUGUAGAUCCUCCCUAUGGUCACCCCUAUGGGACGGGUCCGAAGCUUCCUGCGGCUUUCCUGCAGGCUGAGCUGCUGCGGGUGGCGCAGGAGUGCGGUGUGAGCUUGUCCUUUUCCCGGGUCGAGGCGGCGCCGGAGACGCUGCGGGCGGCGGCAAUUGGAGUGGAGCGGGGGGAGUGUGUGCUGGUGAAUGUUGCUGGGCGGCUGGCGUGUGUGGCAGACUCUACAGUCCUGCGGCACAGCCCCAAGGAUUCUGCAGUGAUGAGAAUCCUGCAGCUGGAGCCCAAGGUUAUCACCCUGGUCGAGUGGGACUCCAACCAGCAGCAGCCCUUCUUCCUGCAACGUUUCCGUGACUCCCUCCACUUCUUCCUCAACGUAUUCGCCUCGCACGAGGCCCUCGCCUCGCGCUUCUCCUUCGGCCGCCGCGGCUUUGAGGAGUUUGUGCUCGCGCGGGAAAUGGUGAAUCUAGUAGCCUGUGAGGGAAUGCAGAGGCUGGUAAGGGCUGAGAGCCUCGACCAGAUGCAUGUGCGGAUGGGGAGGUUGGGGUGGCGGCGCGGCAUUACAGUAGGAGGAGCAUGUGGGGGUUGAGGGAACUGAUCGCGCCGUAUCCGAAAGGGUUUGCGGUGGAGCGGCACGAG